AUGUCGUCGUCGAAUUCAACCCAGCCUCAGCGAAGUAGCACUCCGCAACAUGAGGCAAACAGCAUGCCCGCCCAGCCUGAAGACGCGAGCAAGGCGUCCACUUCCACGCCAGCAUUUGCUCCUACAUCUGCAUUACGCGUGCCUGUGCCAGACCGUGCUCUUCCUGCGAUUCCUCCUUCUCGUCGGGCUCCUCCCCCCCUCUCGCCUAUCACCACCGGGACCAGCACGGAUACCGCACCAGCACCCGAUCCCCCCUCCACCGGGACGGCGUCCAACCACAAUUCAUCUCAACACGGAUCUAAUCCAUCCACCACAAUUCCUCCGCAAAUCUCGCCUCCACCUCCCGCCCUGUCUCGCAGCCCACCUCUGACUGCCCCCGGUCCAGGCCGUCUCUCCCGCCACAACACCACCUUCCGUCGGUCCUACUCGCCACACGAAGGCGAAGGGUACCCUAACCUUAACUUUGUGGAUUACUCUAACGUCACGGGAAAUCCUGGGAGUCUGGCACUGACAGGUGCGGAUGAUCUCGGUAGGGUUCCAACUAGUACGGCAAGGAGACAGUCGUAUCAUACCGUCCCGCCGCGAGACAGUAUUGCUUCGGGCAGAGGAGACGGAAAUGGAGCUGGAAAUGUCAAUGCUAAUGGCGGCAAUGGGAACGGGCAACGCGCCUCAAGGUACUCGGCGUACGACAGUGCCCAGGGACACAUGUCGGCUGAGGGCGGUGCGAGCGGCAGUAGCGGGGGUGGCGGUGGUGCCAAUGGCAGAGAUAAAGGUACCAACGGCGUCGUGAAUGGCAUUGACAAAUAUGUGCCCGUGCUACCCUAUGACCGGUCAGAGAAACGGAACACGCUGAAGUUCGAAAAAGAAAGAACGGUGGGUGAAAGGCUCAAACCUACAAUCGAGGCAGCGGAGAAGGAGAAGUUGAAAUCCGAGCAAAAAGCGAAAAUAUCCGGACUCGCGCUGAACAUCGCUAUCGGCGCGCAAGUCCUCCUAGGUGCACUCACCACAGCUCUUGGAGCUGCAUUGACCGGAAAAUCAACUUCGGUAGCUAUUUCUAUUCUCGGCGGUGCCGCGACACUGGUCGCAUCUUACCUUGCCCGUGUCCGUGGAUCAAACGAGCCCGAGUUCAGUACUCUGCGCGCAAAAACUCUCGAGUCCUAUCUUCGUGAGAUUCACGCGUUCGUUAUGGAUUAUGGACACGAAGUUGGCCAUCAUUGGGAUGCCAAAAUCGAAACCUACCGUGGCGCUCUCGAAGCCAUGCUGGGCAAUGCCUCUAGUUCCACCACUCAACAAACUUCUCAAUCGACGACCGUUACACCGACGCCUAACAUGGCACUACCUAUCCCUGCCAACGUGCACCCUUCGUGGAUACAAAAGAUACGAGACUUCGGGCACGAUGGGGUGAACGGCCUGAGAGGUUGGGGAGAGCAGGGUAUAAGGGAUCUGAGGGGCUAUGCGGGUGAGCAGACUAGGGAUAUGAGGAGUUACGUGAACGAGCAUGGGAUCACCGUCAACCUGCCCGUUGACCUUACUCCGAACCCGAAUGAUUUGCUAGCCACGGGUCCCGUCCACCCUGACCUGAACAGAGGACUCAGCUUCCAUGCUGGCGCUGGUAAUGGACAGGGGUUGGACGUGAAUGUGAAUAACAUGGGUGUGGACGUGGAGAAAGGAGGGAUAGGGAUGCAUUAUGGAACGGUGCCAUAUGCGGGUGGCCGUGGUGGGGGAUACAUUGCAGGAGGCGGUGGCGGAAACGGGAAUGGAGGAAGGCCAAUCUCGGGACAAUCGUACGGAGGUCAACCAGCCGGGCUCUCUGGGUACGGUGUGGGUGGCGGCGUCGUCGCAAACGACAACGGCUUUCAAGGGACCGUACCCGCGCUGACGAUGAUGAUGGGUCCUGGAGGGAUCGGCGCGGAUAGCGCAAGGAUGGGCGAGAGGGCGAGGAUGUCGAUGCAUUAG